AUGGCUACGCCGCAUGGUCUCCCUUCCUUUCGGCAACGUGCAUUGUCCUUGUCAUCGCUCAAUGUACCUCGACGCUUUCAUCUCCCCAUCAUACUCUUAAGGUUGCUCAGUCUUAUACCCGCCGGGAUUGGCCUCUUACAAUGUAUCAAUCGAGCAUGGACACAGCCGCAAUAUGAUGAGACUGGUAUCUUUGAAAACAAGAGCACUCCUCUUACCUAUUGUGUCGCUAUACUUUGGUGUGUGCUGGCUGGCUAUUGGAGUUGGAUCUUGACAACAAGUAUGAUGCGAAGAUGGUUGUACCACUAUGAAAUCAGCAAUGCGUUGGUGCGACUAGCAACACUUACAGUGAUCCACUGGUCGGUGUAUGCUUUCUUCUCAUCUUACUAUGGAGCCGAUCAACCCAUGUGGCAAUGGAUGACCAUGUGCUUUAUCUUAUUGGUUUGCAACGUAUUCAAGAUCCUCCUUGCCUCCAAUCCCAAAUACAGUAGAAAGGCCAUCAAUCACAAAUCCACCGUUGUCCGUGUCUUGGUCCUUCCUCUGUUUAUUGUCGUUGUAUUCACAAUGCUCGCCAUCUUGCGUCAAGUCAGCUAUUUACGCAGCAACAGUAUCUCCCAUGCUGUCAAUGCAUUAUCAUCAGCAAAGAUGCCCGACAAUGUACAAAAGCAUCCUGAAAUGGCAGAGGCUGGAAUUCGUGUCAUGGUCUUUGUUUUAUCCGCUUGGACACCCAAAAGUCUCACCAAACGACAAGUGUUUCGGGAAACAACCAUGCAACUCAUGCCCGAGAACAAUGACAACAUCGCUUACUUUUAUCGCUUCAUCAUGGGUCAACCAGCUUCAGACAAAGUGCGAGAGACCAUGUGGCCCCAAAUACAAGCUGAGAUGGAUACGCAUGGUGAUGUGCUUCUCCUCAAUUGCUCUGAUAAGUAUGAAGACCUCAGCAAAAAAGUAUUCAGCACAAUGGAAUGGGCAGAGCAAUACGAGUUUGAUUACCUCGUCAAAACCGAUGAUGAUAUCUUUAUUCGAUGGGAUACAAUCACCAAGGAGCUCUUGGAUUUGGGUGUGCAAACACGAUAUUGGCAAGGUUUAAGUUAUUGGAACAUUCCACCCAUUCGAGAUAACAGCAACAAGAACAGUGAAUUUGAUUAUCCAUUGCCAUUGUUUCCACGAUACACAGCAGGCGCACUUUACAUCAUAUCACGAGAUCUUGUACACCUGAUUGCUCGAGGACCUCGUAUCUUUGUCAAAAAUGAGGAUCAGAAUCUUGGAGUAUGGCUAUUCCCCUAUCAAGUGGAGCCCAUCUUGGAUGCACGGAUACAACAAAUCGAUGUAUGCGAGGAGGACAUGAUUGCAAAGCAUUUUGGUGACUUUGGUGAUCCAGAGGCGAUUGGUGGUACCAUGUACGAUAUGCUGGAUAAUUUGCGUAAUGGUCGCAAGAUGUGCGAAGGCUUCCGUACCAAGUUUUGUGCACUCUGUUACCCCUGUCAAGGCAAAGUGAAUCAUUGGAAACACUGGAACUUUGAUUGUGACCCUGUAAAAGGAAUUACUCUUCUCAACAUGCCCAAGUUGACCUUGCUGGAAUAA